GUUUGGAAAAAUAUUUUAUAUUUCUUGCAAUUGUAGAUAUGGAUGAAAAUAUACGACUCGGUCUACAGGACCAGCUGGUUGAUCUCAUUAUGCGGGUACUAGUGCGACAUGAAGAACUUCACUACUACCAGGGUUACCAUGAUAUUUGUGUUACAUUCCUGCUGGUGGUUGGGGAGGAUGUUGCAUUUGCUCUGGUAGAUAAAUUAUCAAUGAAUCAUCUAAGAGAUUUUAUGGAUGCAGAUAUGGACAGGACCAAACACAUUCUUAACUACAUGUAUCCAUUAAUUGGUCGAGUUAAUCCUAAUCUUAGAGACUUUAUGGAGAGGUAA